AUGGUAUCAGCGAAAUCCCCACCUAGUAAAACCAAAACACCUCCUAUAUCCGGUAUGACGAAAGCCAAAUCACCCAAAUCACCUCGUUCACCCAGAUCACCACGAUCCAAACCCGCCGAAUCAUUCACUCCUCUCUCAUCGAUAUUGACCGAAGAACCCAUGUCCACCGACCAUUCAUCACCUCAGCCUACCAGGGGAUUAGCCCUGCGGAGAGUAUUAUCCGGUGGAUCCUCUACAGCUAGUACCCUUCCUACUACUCCGACAGGCAGUAGUGUUCCCCUCUCGCCUAGCUCUACAGGAAUCAGAACACCUAGAGCGAACAGGAAUCCAUUAACUCUGAAGAGUGAUUUGGAUCGGAUGGAUAUUGAUACAAACGCGAACGAAAAGGAAGGUGGACAUCAACUAGCGAAUCAUUUGGAUGGAUUACAGGUCAAAUCUCCACAGACUGCUAUUCCACCCGCAUCGGGAUUUGGAAUGCCCCCUUCAGCACUUGGUAUCACCCAGGUGUUAGGACAUCAAUCAGAUUCGGAAUCACCUCAUCCACCACAUUCAGAUCCUAUACCCACCAACGGUGGGAAUCUCACUAAUGGUCGUAAUCAUGAUCGAUCAUACUCCACUUCCACAGAAGGAUCAACCACCUCGUAUCAUCCUCAGAUACCUUCCCAUCUCGGAUCAAGUUAUGGUCCCGAAGGGUUUCCCCGAUAUUCCCGAUCUCCUGAAAAUAGUCCCAACAUCUUCAAUUCCUCCCAGCAGAGCGUGAAUGAUCAUGGAUACCAUGCUUCUCUGAACGCGGGAUUUGGUGGAGCGGAUGCGAAUGGGAAGAAUAUCGAUCCUGAAUUAGCUUUGAGACAAGCUGAGGCAUUAGCCAAAGCGGACGAAGCUGUCAGAGCAUUGAACGGUACAUCCUCAUUAUAUCAAUCAUCAUCCACACAACCGAUCUUCGAACCUUACAUCCUCCAACAUCGACCACCACAGGGACCAGAGGUAAACUUCGUCACGCCGCAACAGCCACAACCCAGUGUGGUUCGACAAUCCUCUACUUCCAGCUCUACCACCGAUGCUGCCUCCACAUCAUCUGAGGAAAGCGAUUGGUGUAUCCCUAGUAUUGAAUGGGUAUCUACGAAUCCUCAAUCACCGAGGUUCUUAUCUUCUGGAUAUAAUCCGGCAGGAUUCGCUCAAGCACAAAGAGACAGAACAAGCGGUAAUACCAAUUCUGCUAACAACAGAAUGCCACCUCCAACUGCUUCACCUAGAGUUCAGGACCCCACUCAGCGGCCAGGUACAUUGCAGCAUCAGCAAUCUCUACCUAUCGGUGCCUCAGCAUCUACACCAUCAGGUAUCAAACCAUCCUCUGCGUUGCCUCUGGGUAUACCUCCCGAUGGACAAGCUGAAGAUGACGAUGAGGAAAUUACCGUCGGCCAUGAAAGGAGAUCACCCUCCACUUCUUCGCAAUCUGCUCAAAGUGGAUUAGAUCUCUUAUGGCGUGCAGCCGCUUCUCAGUCAAAGUCGCAAUCGCACCCGCCCAAACCCCAAUUACCAGUAUACGAAGUAUCCAGUUCAUUCGAUCAUAAAGGAAAGAGGAAAGCCGGUGCGGAAGCUGUAGAUAAAUGGAGAUCUAGUGGUAUACCCACUGGUUUACCGCCUCCUACACCUACUUCCAUACCCACUUCUAAACCUUUAGGUGGUGGAACUGGGAAUGAACCUCCAAAGAAGAGAAGGAGAAGUGAGAUGACUAUGGAGCCUAUGGAUAACCCUGGGCUGAAAAGGGAAGUAUCGGAGGAAGUUGUUGAAGAAGAAAAUGAAGGUGAAACGGGAAGCGGAAGUGAAUAUAAGAGUCCGUCAGUCUCUUCAGAACCGAUAUCAGAUGGGAAUGAUUCGGAAUAUGGAGGAGGAGGAGCGACGAAUAAAAGAGGUAGACCUAGUGCAAGAGGAGGAAGAGCUAUAGCUGGAACGAAGAGGGCGACUGCUUCUACGAACAAAACUGCAGGAGGAGGAGGGAAGAUUUUGGUCAAUCCUGCAAACGCACCUGGAGGAGUGACUAAAGGAGGAACGAUCAAAAAAGUCAGGAAAGUUGGUGAUUCACCACCUGGUGGGAAUAGAGGUGGAAGAAGAUCGAGUGGUGGUGCUGCGGUGCCCAGUGGUGGAGUACAGUGUGAAUAUGUUAAUCCUCUACCUCCUUACAACCGAUGUACAGAUGUGUUUACACGUAAAUACGAUUUACCCCGACAUAUGGCUCGACACGCUCGAAGAGAGGGUGAAUUGGUCCUGGAUGGUAAAUUAUCAGAAGAGAAGGCUGUCCUGUGGAGGACGAUUAAGGAUAAACCGAAAGUCACUUGUAAUGAUUGUGGAGAGAAUUUCACUAGGAUGGACGCUCUGAAGAGGCAUCAGGCCAAACAGCAUCAUCAUUAA